CACCACAUUGCGCAGUGAAGUGUAUCAGAAUGACAUAAUAAUUUAUCCCUAAUGAGCGCUUCGUCUAAAAUCUCUGCUUUUGACAUGUGAUGACUUCUUCAGAUUAAGUUAAGUGGUUGAGGCGUCUUGUGAGAAACUUCAUGUUAUACAGACUUAAAGGAAAAAAUGGCAGAGCAACCAACAAUAUCAAUGUCAAAUGUUUUGAUUGCGUCUUCCUCAAAUUGGGAUCCCUUGAAUUCAAAAGACUGGGACAAGGAGAAAGCCAGUCCUGAUUGUGUAAAAAGAAUAAAACGUGACCUAAUGAGCAUUUAUAAAGAUCCUCCACCAGGAGUGUGUGUUGUUGCAGAUGAGGAAAAUGUCACAAAGAUUCAUGCGUUAAUCACUGGGCUUGAUACUCCAUAUGAGGGUGGAUUUUUCUAUUUUAUCAUACGUUGUCCUCCAGACUAUCCCAUUAAACCCCCACGUGUCAAGUUCAUGACCACUGGGCAAGGACAAGUGAGGUUUAAUCCUAAUUUAUACAAAAAUGGAAAAGUUUGUCUUAGCAUACUGGGAACGUGGUUUGGACCAUCAUGGAGUCCUGCUCAAACUUUAUCGAGUGUUCUCAUCUCCAUCCAGUCAUUACUCAAUGAGAAGCCAUAUCAUAAUGAACCAGGAUGUGAGAAAGAAAAACAAUUCGGAGAUAGCGACAGGUACAAUGAUUGUAUAAGAUAUGAAACAUUGAGAGUUGCUGUUUGCGAUAUGCUCGAAAAUGAGUCAUCGUGCCAUCCAUCACUGAGAGAGGUGAUGCUUCGAUCCUUUCCCGAGUAUUAUGACUAUUACGCCGGCGUUGUAAGCGAAAAAUCUGCACUAAAUGGAAAAUCAAUGCUGGAUCCGUUCAGGGCUAAUCGAGGGAAAUUUGAUUUCGAUGGUAUCAUGAAGAGAUUAGAAAAAAUCAAGUCAAACAUCGAAAUAAAAACUCCUCAAAGCUCUUCUGAUGCAUCUUCGGACAGUUCCUCAGAAGUGGAUGGCUAAAUUACAGCUUUGCACUUGAUAAUCUACAUAAGCCAGAUAUACUACGUACACUAAUCGUCAUUGAGCCGUUUUUCCUCAUGACGCCGUCAUUCCCAACUUGGAUAGCGGUAUUCUCUUCUGUGAUAUUACAAGCAUAUAUCAUAUGAAAAGGACGUUAUGUUUACAUUUUGUAAAAUUUUUGUGAAUAAGCUAGCACGAGCAUGCCAUUUUAUGUAUGUAUAUUAGUUCAAAACAUCUUUAUUCUGGACUGUUUUACUUGUUCAUAUUUUCAUCUGUGUUAUUUUCAUCUAAGUUAAGAACUAUUUUCACUGGUCCAGUUGCCGUUGGAUGGGACGUUUUAUUGUGUUUUCAUACUCCAAUGUAUUAAAAACAUACUGUUCUAUCAGGCCGUUUAAAGCAUACUCCAGUUUAAUUCAUAUAUAAUAUAUUAUUGAUGUAAUAUAUAUAUUUAAUUGUGUGAGUCUACAACGACGACUAAUUAAAAUUCUUGGGAAUAUUUGUCCUCGAAUUAAA